AUGGCUCCCUCGACUGCUAAUGUCACAGUUACUGCAACCCAUGUGGUCAACAGUAAACACCCAAUUUCCCUACAAGAUCCCUUCAUCCUGGGCCCCUUUGACCAACUCCUCCAUUUCGGUAUUCCUGUCAGUGCCGUCUGGAUCUACGAAUCCUCCUCCUCAUCAGCCGGCCUGAUUCCAGUUGAAAGACUCCGCAAUGCUAUCAGCCGGCUCCUCGAUUAUUACCCCCACCUGACAGGCCGAUUGCGUAUCGACCCCAAUACCGACGUUCGUUCCAUGACCAGGCUAAGCACUGGUGUCCAUUUUCUUGAAGCUUACUGCGAUGCACCACUACGGUCUUUCGCCACAGCCUCAGAGAGAGAACUUAACAUCUUCAAUUUUCCCAACGUGGGCAACGUGCUGCUGGCGCCAUGGGAUACAUCUCUUGAAGGAACACAGCGGGAUCCGGCAUUUACUAUCCAGCGGACAGAAUUUGCUUGUGGCUCUGACCUGGCGGCCAUCUAUCGAGCGACAACAACGCCGACGACGACGAUGACCGAUCCAAACAUCGGAGGGCAGAUUCAGUUUGAAUUAGCAUCGCCCCCCGACAUAACGCCAUUCAUGGUCACUCAAAUGUUGCAUAUGCGUGCUGACGAACAGAAAAGGGCAUUAGCAGAACAGCCACCGGCAUACUCUUUGCGCGACAGCGAUCCAAAUGCCGAAACGCAUGCCCAAAACGAAGCCCGCUCAAAGGAGCAAAGUGCAGAAAUGGAUCCGAUCGUCGGACGCACUCUGCGAUUCUCGCCUGCAGUGAUAGCAACCCUCAAAGGCCGUACGGCCGAUCCAACCUCUGGAAGUACAGGCAGCCCCAGCGACGCUCGAGGGCCCUCCGCCUUCACUGCGUUGUCCGCUCACCUCUGGCAGCGCACGCAUCGUGCGCGCCUUGCGCUCGCGGCUCCUCCCACCCCCAAUUCCACCUCCGAGGAUGUCCUGUCCAGGUCCGCGUUCGGUACCAAUGUAAACUUCAUCCCCCACCUUGGCCUACCGGAGCGCUUAUUCGGCAACACCAUUCUCACUCCCUACGUGGAAUUAGAGUCAACAAAGCUGGCUCACGCGCCCCUCUGGGAGAUCUCAAAGAUUAUCAGCGGCCUAGUUCAUCACGUCUCCGAGGAUGAAGUACGUAGAAUCGGGAGCUGGGUCGCAGCCCAGCCGAAAAAGUCACGCAUUCAGCUUGACUUUCGAGUCACGCCCACCUCGUUCAUUGCCAGCGGGUGGCAUCGCUUUCCUUUAUACUCGGGCGCUGAGUUCGAUGUUGCACCUGCCUUGGCCAGCCCGGUCUUCAUGGAUGCUAUGCUUGAUGGUAUGGUAUGCUUUCUUGAAGCUAAAGGUCGGGAUGGUGGUGUUGAUGCCAUAGCCUCGCUGAGGUCAUCGACCUGGGGGUAUCUUGAUCAGGAUGAAGAGUUCAUCACGAACUGGGACAAGACGGGCUAACAGACCAUGUGUAUCUGCUAGAGAAACCCCAUUUGAGGUAGAAUUUCUAUCUAGUAUCUUGACAGAUAGCGGAUUCAAGGUGAUUUCCGAAGGGGUCGCAGGGAAAGUUCUAAGGCUCACCAAAAGGUUUGACAUGGUAUGAUGUCUUGUUCCAUCCUUCAUGAGAAUAAUUGUGUCUGGGAACAAGAGCGGCUUUGUAACUUUCAAGUUGUCAUCAAUGAGUGUCGUAGCGUUCGGAAUCGGCCGUUCAUUGGCCGAGCGCG